AUGUCCCACUCAGAUCCCCUCGCCACGCCGCCGAAACAAGGCGAACCCGUCCCUCCCAUCAUCCUAGAGGAAGCACAAGCUGCUGCUGCUGCUGCCCAAGAGGAGGCCUGUGGCGGACCAAAAGAGCCUACAGUCUCCAAUUCUUCUCCGGAAGGCCACAUACGGCAUCAUGGCGGCGUCUCUCCACAUCUGGAGGAAGUUCCUCCACCGGCCUACAAUGGCGCGGAGUACGGGCAGCUAGACAUAAGUCAGAAUGGCCUUGAUACAGGUGCACGGAUAGCCAGUGAUGGCCGAGUUAAUAUCAAUAUCAACCAACACAAGGGCAAACUCACGAGCCUUCUCUUACCUGCUCUGCGCCGCCAAUUGGAGUUGUCACGACAGAAACCUCCUGCAGAACCUCCGAUUCCCGAGGGUCUGGGAGAAGUAGACGGCCUGCCCCCACCGCCGAUGAACAUUGUGAUUCAGAUAGUGGGCAGCAGAGGAGAUGUGCAACCGUUUGUUGCCCUAGGUCAAGUGCUGAAGAACAAGUACAAGCACCGUGUCAGAAUCGCAACCCAUCCCACAUUCAAACAGUUCGUCACCGAGAAUGGUCUGGAAUUCUUCAGCAUAGGAGGGGAUCCUGCCGAACUCAUGGCGUUCAUGGUCAAGAAUCCGGGCCUUAUGCCGGGUAUGGACUCUCUCAAAAAUGGAGACGUGGGCAAACGAAGAAAGGGCAUCUACGAAAUCGUUACAGGCUGUUGGAGAUCUUGCAUUGAGGCUGGAAAUGGCAUGGGCACGCCAGUUAACGAUGACAAUAUGGAUACGCGCAGCUUCGACAGUGCCAUGUCCUUCGGCAUGGAUCCGACCUUGAAGCCCUUUGUUGCGGAUGCAAUCAUCGCCAAUCCGCCCAGUUUCGCCCAUGUGCAUAUUGCAGAGAAGUUAGGCAUUCCUCUCCACCUGAUGUUCACCAUGCCCUGGUCACCGACGCAAUCUUUCCCACAUCCUCUCGCCAACAUCAUCUCCUCCAAUACGGACUCCAGCAUUACGAACUUUGUCACCUAUGCUUUGGUGGACAUGUUGACCUGGCAGGGCUUAGGAGAUGUUAUCAACAGAUUUCGAGAAAGAAGCCUGGGCCUGGAUCCCGUGAGUAUCAUGUGGGCUCCUGGGAUGGUUAGUCGAUUGCGCAUCCCGUGGACUUACUGUUGGUCGCCUGCUUUGAUCCCGAAACCACCAGACUGGGGCAACUAUAUCGACAUCUCGGGCUUCUUCUUCCUCAACCUAUCCACGAAUUAUUCACCACCGCAGGACCUGGCGGAUUUUUUGGCUGCCGGGCCGCCUCCUGUGUACAUUGGAUUUGGCUCAAUCGUGGUCGAUGAUCCAAAUGCCAUGACCAGGAUGAUAUUUGACGCCAUCAAAAAGACUGGCCAACGAGCGAUAGUCUCCAAGGGCUGGGGUGGGCUCGGUGCCAGCGAGUUAGGAAUACCGGAAGGUGUCUUCAUGAUCGGCAACUGCCCCCACGACUGGCUGUUCCGGCAUGUUUCUUGUGUCGUGCAUCACGGCGGCGCCGGUACAACCGCUGCCGGUAUAUUAGCCGGUCGACCAACGGUGGUAGUCCCAUUUUUUGGCGAUCAACCGUUCUGGGGUUCGAUGACUGCCAGAGCCGGGGCAGGUCCUGUGCCUAUUGCCUACAAGAACUUGAAUGCUGAUAAACUCGCGCACUCGAUUUUGGAAGCGUUAAAGCCGGAGUCACUCGAGCGCGCGAAGGAAUUGAGCAUGAAGAUCAAAGCGGAGGAUGGUUGUGAUGCUGGUGCGCAGUCUUUCCACAAGCAAUUGCACAUGUCGAACCUCAGAUGCUCCUUGGAUCCGUCACGUAUUGCUGUGUGGCGCGUAAAACGAACAGAUAUUCGUCUGUCGCCGCUUGCAGCCACGGUCCUCGGGACUGAAGGUCUCCUAGAUUUCUCUGACCUGAAACUCUACCGACCCCGAGAGUAUGAGACAGAGGACGGCCCUUGGGAGCCAAUAUCUGGUGGCGCAGCCGCCUUGAUUGGAACACUCGGAAAUCUCUCCAUGGGUAUCGCAGAUUUCCCUGUUGAAAUCCUAAAGUCUUUGAAGACAGCUUCAGGAGAACUGAAAGAAAUCCACGAGAGACACUCAAGCAGUGGUACUUCCACACCCACCGUAUCUUCGGAACGACUCUCUUCUGAAGCUGCAAAUGCCACAGCGGGAGCUAUCACACCUGUCCAGUCUCAGCAAUCGAUUUCCUCGGGAACAACCGCCGCGCCAGCACCUUCAUCCAUGUCCACAGUCUUGACGGCUGACGGAUCGUCCAAAGUUUCCCGCCAUCACCGGCACGGUAGCUGGUCUCACCACCGAUCUCGAUCUCGCUCCGGUUCGCCGUCACCAAAUGGGAAUCAUGACCCCUGCGUCGGUGAAGAAGUCGGCCAAGUGUCUCUGGAAACUGCAAUAUCCGGUGCUAAAGCCGCUGGUAAAAUCAUUUCCGCCGGCGUCAAGUCCCCUAUGGAUUUCACACUAUCUCUAGCAAAGGGAUUCCACAAUGCACCUAAGUUAUAUGGAGAUGACACUGUACGACAGAACGAAAAGAUCGUGGGCCUUCAUUCUGGCUUGCGAGUGGCAGGCAAAGAGUUCGGGUAUGGCUUCUACGACGGUAUAACUGGCCUCGUCACCCAGCCUUUGGCAGGGGCGAAGAAAGAGGGUGCGGCUGGUUUCUUCAAGGGGGCAGCCAAGGGUCUCGGCGGUUUGGUCCUCAAGCCAGCCGCGGGCAUUUGGGGACUCCCAGGAUACACUGCAAAAGGCAUCUACAGCGAAAUUUCCAAACAUUUUGGGAGUUCCGUGCAGAAUUACAUCAUUGCGGCUCGGACAGCCCAAGGUUUUGAGGAUUGGAAGAGCAGUACACCAGAAGAGAGGCAACGGAUUGUCACCGCCUGGAAAGAUGGCAGGCUGGAAACUCGAAAGCAUGGACAACUCUACGGAAACGACCGCAAGGUCGCAAUUGAGAGCCACAUCAUCACGAGGACCAACACCGACUCGGUUGAACUGGUUCACGGAUUCAGAAAUACCAGGCACCUUAGCUGGGACGAAAGAAAGGCUCUUGCUGAGCGAAGGGAUCAGCUGAAAAAGGAAGAAAAAGAACUACAACGCCGCGAGAAAGAGAUCAGGAAGGAGGAGAGAAGAAAAAGCAAAGCUGGCGGCAAAAUCAAGAGCCGAUGCAAAUUCUGUCCUUUUGACCACAACACCAGCCACCAUCUCAAGCACAGCCAUUCUCUCUCAAGUUUGGAGUCUUCCCUCAGCCUUGGCCAGACGCCGUCGCAGUCGCGAGAAGACAACGUUCUAGCUGACUAUGAGCAUGCAAUCAAGCACUCCGUGAGUUCGACUAGCACAGGCAACCCCUUGGAGGAUGCCGUCAUUGAAAGGGCACUACGAGCGAGUCUCCUCGAAUUGCACAGUUCAGGUCACGAUCCAAACAAGUAUUCUGAUGCUGCAUAUCAACAAGCUAUCCAAGCGAGUAUCCGAGAAUUCAAGAGGGCUCAAGAAGAGCAUGCCCGGCGGAGCGGUGCCUUGCCCACAGCCACAGAGAAGCCGUUGGAAAAGCAUGACCUCGAACUCGAAAACGCUCUGGCACAGAGCCUGGAAGAGCACAGGCAAUCUCAGGCUGCGAGAGAACAGAAUCUAGAGCUAGGGCAUGAAGAUCAUCAUCAUCUGGAUGAUAGUGACUCUGGAAUUGACACGGACUACGAUGAAAGUUUCAUGCGCAAGGUUGAGGAGACUAAAAAACUACACACUGAGAAUGAACGGAAGAAGAGAGAACUUACAGCACACGAGGCCUCGCUUCCGGCCACGAAUGAACAGGACGGACCAAUCACGGACACAAAGGAAGUAACAGCCGAUGAAAAUGAAAAUGAUGAGUUACAACGGGCAAUAACGGCAUCGGAGGAGGACGAGAAGAGGCGCCAGGAACAACUCGAGAGGGAAAGAACAGAGGAAGAGAUUGUGCUGGAGUACGUGAAGAAGCAAAGCCUGAUUGAGGAGGAACUGAAGCAUGGGCAAGAGAAAGGCGGUGCCGCGAUCGUUACGGAAGAGGAGAAGCUGAUAGCGGGCUCGGAGGCUUCAUCUUGA